AUGAGGCUUAGCGAAAGACGCGUUUUUCGUUUUUUUUAUAAUGUGAAUUGUGUCAUCCUGGGUAUUGACAUGAGUAAAAUACGUGAGUUGACGCCUGAAUUGGCUGAAAUUGCCAGAAAGGAAUUGAAUGAAAAUCCGAAACGCACUCCAAAAGACAUCCAGCAUUUGAAGGAAUGGGUGGCCAAACAACCUCACUUGAGGGCACGUACAGACGACCAGUGGUUACUUGCAUUGCUACGCGGUUGCAAGUUCAGUUUGGAGAGGGUCAAAGAAAAAUUAGAUCUCUACUACACAUUACGAACAACAGCACCAGAGAUCACGUUACGUCUGAAACCUACAGAAGACGAAUUCCUAGAAUUUCUGAGGCUCGGAACCUGCGUGAUACUUCCAAAAUCGAGUACCCUCCACCCUCGCGCUAUCCUGAUUCGAGCAGGAAGGUUCGAUAUCAACAAGUAUGAAAUUGAUGAUGUUAUGUGUACCUUAUACUAUCUAGUUCAGAUACUUGUCUUGGAAGACGAAGCAGCUUCUAUAGUGGGUACAAAGAUAAUAGUGGACUAUGACGGCUGCACGAUUUCACAUUUAACUUUAGUCAAUCCCACACUUCUUCGAAAACUUAUAGCUGUAGGACAAGAUUCCCUUCCACUACGUCUUAAAGGAAGCCAUCAUAUAAACGUUGCACCAGGAGUAGAAAUGGUAUUUAAACUUGCAUCAGCUUUCCUCAACAACAAAGCGAAAGAGAGGCUCAAAAUACACAAGAACCCAGAAGAACUAUUCGAAAUCCUACCUAAAGAAGUCAUACCAACUGAGUAUGGAGGCACAGGCGGGAGUAUUGCUGAUAUAUCUGAGUAUUGGAUAAAGAAAGUAGUAGAAUACAGAUCGUGGAUGAAAGAAGAGCUGAAGUUCGGCACAGACGAAUCCCUAAGGCCGGGAAAACCACACGGCGAUGACAUUUCAAACGCUGGAUCUUUCCGGGCGUUGGAAAUUGAUUAA